AUGUACCUCUCAUCUCUCUUUUCCACGGCUCUUGCCGUUAUUUCCCUCGCAGGAUCAACUGUUUCUGCAGCCGCUCUUUCCACCAGAGACAAAUCUGGUACUAUCUCCUUUGUUCAGUACAAGCCGGAGUUAAUCUUCGAGUAUUCGACUCCGACCCCGGACGCUCAGAACUGGAUCGGUAUCUACUACGCCAGCUACGGAGGUCCUGAGAAAGAGCAGUAUGUCAACGACGCCGUGGACUGGCAAUGGGCAGAAAAGUCCAAGGGCAAGGUCUAUAUGGCCACCGACAAGCUCCAGCCCGGCGAGUACACGGCGUACUUCAUGGCCAAGAACGGAUACAAAUGGCUGGCGGAACCUCUCGACUUUGUUGUCCCCGGCAACGGCCCGCUCAAGUUCCUCGUUCCCCAGUUUACCACUCACAACGGCCGUGUCGGUGACUACUUUCAGGCGAUGAUCGAUGGUCUGCUCGCAAACCCUCAGAACCAGACCACCCACUUCGUCAAAGUGUCUGGCGACGACUGGGUCCAGGUGACUUCUGAUGGCACUCUCUUUGGAACCCCCAAGGCCGGUGGCUUGUCCAAGGUAACCAUUGAGGCACAUGUUAAGAAUGGUUCCAAGGCUGUUCUGCAGGUCAACAUCCCCGUACACAUUGUCGGGGCAGACCUAGUGGAGCAGCUGAGCGUUGUGUCGCUGAACCUCUGGUAUGGCGGUUCAAAAGUUAAGGACUUUCAUCGCAAGCAAGUGCAGUACAUCGCCAACAGCGGUGCCGACGUCGUCGCCCUGCAGGAGACUUUGGAUAACAGCGGCAUUCGCCUGGCAAAUGCUCUCGGUUGGUACGUCUGGCAGGGCAAGACCGCCGCAAUCAUUGCCCGGUACCCGAUUGUCCAGGUUUACAGUGCAACUGGCGUUUCUGGAGCCGUGCGCCUGGAGCUGGACGGCAACAAGAGAGAAGUCAUUGUCUGGAACGCUCACCUCAGCCACAAGCCCUACGGUCCCUAUGACUUCUGCUUCGACAAGAUGGCCAUGGACAAGGUCAUGAGGCGCGAGAAUGAGUCCGGGCGCGUGAGCCAGAUUCGUGAAAUCAUUGACAAGAUGAGGUACCACCUCAACAAUGCACGCAGGGUGCCUGUCGUUCUGGCUGGCGACUUCAACGCGCCGUCGCACCUGGACUGGACACAGGAAACGAGCUCGAAGCACUGCAAUGUUGGCGCCUUCAACUGGCCCACAUCUGUCGAGCCCAUCAAGGCCGGCCUCCGCGACUCGUUCCGUGAGAUUUACCCCGACCCCGUCAAGGUGCCUGGCAACACCUGGUCGCCCGUCCAACAAACCAACGAUGGCCGCCCGGAGCCUCGCGAUCGCAUUGACUUCAUCUACCAGAAGGGCCUUCGCACCCUCCACUCGGAUUCGCAGGUCUGGGGAUCGCACAACCCUGAGCCUAACCAGGCCGACAACGAAUGGCCAUCCGACCACGCAGCCGUCCGGACCAUCUUUACGUUCCAGUAA